AAAGCUGUUGCUCCUGACAUCAUCUCGCUGUCUGAGGAGCAUCCUAGAUAGAUAAGUACUUAUCUUGAAGUUACACUUCCGCCGCUGAACAAAGAGCAGGAUGGGGGACGUCGUCGUGGGGGCGAGUGGUGACAACAAUGGGAGCGUCUACAGCCUCCCGGCCAGUCUGCUCGAGCUUUUACAAAUGAGCAGUCCGAUCGACGGGGAGGAGUUGGCCAGUGCUCUGAACACGUUGAACAAGACGAGUGAGGAGAUCCGGCUGAGCUGGAAACGCUACCAUACGAACCUCUUCAUCGACGGGCCGAUGCUCUAUUUCCUCAUCUUCGUCUACACGCUUCUAAUUUCCUUUGGCACGGUCGGAAAUUGUCUCACGGUGUGCGCCGUGGUCCGGAAGUCAUCCAUGCGGACGCCGAGGAACAUGUUCAUCAUCAAUCUUGCCGUGUCGGACUUGCUCCUCUGCGUGAUCACGAUGCCCCUCACACUCGUCCAAAUCGUCACGGCGUACUGGCCCUUUGGAAACUAUGACUUUCUCUGCAAAUCCAUCUCCAGUCUGCAUGCCAUUUCCAUCUUCGUAUCCACAAUCUCCAUCACGGCGAUUGCUCUGGACAGAUAUCACGUGAUCGUGUACCCCACGAAGGCAUCCGUACAACGCGUUGGAGCCGUAUUUGCACUGAUUGGAAUCUGGACUCUGGCUGCCGUUCUGGCCACGCCGUUGAUCGUGUACAGCAAACUGCAACACAUCGACGUGAACUAUACGGACCUGGAUUCUGUGGACUAUUGCAUCGAGGCAUGGCCUUGUACACAUGGACGGGCAUACUACUCCCUCUUCUCCAUCAUCAUCCAGUACAUUCUCCCCAUCUCCGUCGUCACUGUGGCGUACUGUCAAAUCUGCAAAAAGUUGCGGUACCGGAUGAAGCCUGGCUGCCGGAGCACGGUUGAGAAUCCUGCAGGUGGUCGGCGAGGUGGAUCCGUACGGAAAGAUCAGGCCAGGGUUCGUCGCACGAAUAUGCUCCUCAUCUCGAUCGCCAUAAUCUUCGGAAUCUCUUGGAUGCCACUCAACGUCUUCAACUUGGUGGUCGACCUGUUCAACCCAUUUGUGGAGGAUACCUACGCGGAACGGGUGGCUUUCGCGUUCUGCCACAUGUUCGGCAUGUCGAGUGCGAACACGAACCCAAUGCUGUACGGAUUCUUCAAUGACAACUUUCGCAAGGAGUUUCGUGACAUUUGGCAAUCCCUCAAGAGCUUCUACUGCUGCUGCUGCUGUUGGUCCGGGUUUCGACGAGGCGACGGUGGGGACCUGAGUGGAAGAAGUAUCCGCGAAUCCAGAGUGGACAGGGAGCAGACGGCGACGGUGCACUAUAGGAAAUCCACCAACUCGAAAGCAUCCCCUCCCGAUGGGGAUGUGGAGAGCACGCUCAUCACCCAAGUCCUGGACAGGCAGAAAUGACUGUUACAUGUUCAUCCUAGGAGGAACAAUCCAUCAUGAGAGGAUGAGGCUGAUGUCAAAUCAUGUUGGCCAUCAUGCCAUUGUCCCCGUAAGUGACAAGGUUCAUAUUUUAUCGCACGCAGUCAUAAACAAACAACUCCUGGAACAAAUGGGUGGUAGGCAGGAGAUCAUCGUCGUCGUCGGCAUCCUCUCUACCUAAAUCCACCACUAGUAAUAGUAGCACCAUAUGCCCCUCUCUUCUUCUUGGCCCAGUUGUCAGGUCUGAUGUGACGGCUUGGAGAUGUCAUCUGUUCCCCUGGAGCAGGAUGGGAUUAGAACUCUCUUUCCAAUGUGCGACAUGAUAUGAUCCCUUUAAGAAAGAAAGUAGUAAGACGACCGAAUCCAAUAUGAUAUGCUUACAAGAUCCCCAUUAUCGCACUCUCCACCUCGUUCCGCUGUAUCGAAAUAGUAGUACCACCACCAGCAGCAGCAGUAACAUCAGUCAUUUCUUUUUCUGGUUUGGGUUCGCAAACCAAUUUCACCCAUCGCCUUGUUGUGACCUAUCUUCUUCGUCUCAAAUUGUCGUCACCCCAUCAUCGCGUCUUUCUUCUGUCCUAUCUCGAGGCUGGCGGUGGUGGUGGUGCUGCUCCUCCUGCUGCUGCUGACUGGAGGAUGAAAGGAUGUCUCAGAGAAGAAAUUGAGUAUCUCUUUUUGCUGUGUGGCAGGAUUUUUCACUGGUGCAGAUACGACGGAGGACAGCGAUUCGAUGUGUAGAAGACAGCUUUUGUGUUACAUAAAUUUACGGUACUUUGUGCUCUGACACUCGCUCUCUUCUCCCUUUAAUAGUGCAGUAGUCUCGGAGUACGUAUGUACUUGUUAUGUCGUGAUAUGUAUGACGACGAUGAUGGGACACACAACACGACACGAGUCCCAUUUUCCAAACAAUAAUGUAACCAGGACAUAGGACCAAACCAUCAUCGUCUCACAACAACACACUUACUUUCACCCACUUUCACCAUACCACGAAAUGUACAACGCUGGUCCUAUCUCUCCGUGUGGACGUUUAGUACUAUUUAGGGAGGGCGUAUGUAGGCACCCUCAUGGCGAAGGAAACCCGAGAAAAAUUGCUUUAAUGAAUCACAACAAGUUCUCAAAAUCAUGUCAGAUACAUAAUUCUAAGUAAGAAAAGGAGAGGAAAAUGUGUGGCAUUGGAGUUCUUGGGGAGAAAAAGUAUCCAACUUUAUUAUACUUUAUUACGUUACAGUACACAGAGUGAAAUCAUGUCCCCAUGCAAUUGGCGAUGUUUUCACUCCACCAAACCCAAUUGAAUCCCAGUCUGUACAUGCAUUCUUAUACUCAUAGAAAUGAUGCUAUAUGGAGAGAAGCUGUAUGAGUAGGAGACCAGUUAGUAAAAGGGAUAGAAAAAUGUCGGCGUAGUCCUAUGUUCGAGACUGAAUCAAGGUCGGGACGGUGGCAUUCAUAUUUUUGCAAGUAUUCAGUGCCUGCGGAAGCUGGAGGGGACAGAGGACAAUGUCCUCAUGUUAUCCCCUAUCAUGCAAUGUUAAUGUCCCCCCAUGUCCCCACAGCUUCCGCGGCCACUGCAAAUAUUCCUCAUACUAACUGGUCGAAGAAACAUUCCUCCAAUGUAUAUAAUAUACCAGUGUAAUAGUUAGUUAAUUAUGUACGUAGUUAAAAUUACUCUAGAAAAUAGCAUACUUUAGUUUAAAUAACAUAGUUUGUAAACUUAAGUAAACCAGUGAAAAGUUUAAUUAUUCCGACCCACCCAACUGCUUAAUGUGUCCAAUCCAAAUAUAUCUCCCUCCCCUCACAUCUUUUUUAUAACGACAGAUCAAAUGACUAAUACUAAUCCGAUUACAUUUAUUACAUUUAAGGUGCUCAAACUUUCGAGUCGAUUAAGACUCAAGGGUGUUUAAUGUACUGUAUUUCGUUCGUAUAUAUGUAUGUGCAGUAGCAGAUUGACUUAUCGGAUGAAAGUGGAUCGAGAGAAUACCCAUAUCGCUCUAUAUACACUUACUUUCACUUGUACUUCUUCUUCUUCUUCAUGAAGAGAACUCAAUUUAUUUUCUCUCGAGACACACAAACUAAAUAACUCUUCUUGUAUGUACACACUAACUAACUCAACAGUGCAACUUAUCCUCUAAAUAGUUGCCUUUUAUAGGAAAGAAAAAAAAAACUUAACUUAAAUAGGAGACCCCACAUAGAGAAAAGGUCUCUCUCUCUUUUUAUACGUAUCACUUUCUCCAUCAUAUUAAUUCCCUCUGCGUGGCUUUCUUCCGUGUAAAUGGAUCCAUAAUCGGUGUCUCUAUUGCACUGAUAAAGUGCAGCAGAAUGUAUGUUUAGAUAGCCAGUGGCCGCGGAAGCUUGAGGGGGACAAUGUCCCCACGGUGUCGGCAUCAUCUUAUAUAAACCCGGCCCUCCCCUCUUAAUGUCCCUACGGCUUCUUCCGCGGCCCCUGUGUUUAGCCACGAAAUGCAUAGAUUUCAAAGGAGCCAGAUAUCCAAACUUAUCCGCAAAUAAAUAGAAAAUCAAACAACAAAAAACUACCAACCAAACAAACCGUGGCGAACAAACAAACCAACAAAUAAAAAUAUAACAGAUAGAUAGAUAUUUAUCUUCUCCUUCACUUUAUAUAACUUACUUACUCAAAUUACUGAAAGAGGGGACGAUACUUUCUUUUUUGCUCGUUAGAUCCCUGGUCUCACAAAUAUAUAUAUAUUUAUUAUCUAGAAGAGUGUACAUAAGUCGGUAAAAAAAGUAAUAUUAUUAUCUUCUUCUCGAGUUCGAAUUCGUGGUGGUGCUCUUCGACGAUCCAAAGUACUUACUUCUGGAUUGUGCAAGUUGACGUCGAUAUUUUAUUAUUGAGUGCAACUUGCCAACUUUUGACAAGUCUGAUGGAAUGGAGCAUCAAUUCAAUUUGGGAUGGAUUGCAGUUGAUGAGGUAGGAUUUCGUUCGAGUAUCUUGUAGUUAGUUUAUCAAGGUGAAUGAUGAUGCGAGGCUGAUGAUGAUACCCAAUUAGAGGGUUCAAUUCUUUGUGAUAAAAAUUGUAAAGUACCAAUUACGCGUGAGUUGCUAGAUUUAUUCUAUUUUUAACAAUUCUCCGACGACAUGACACAUGUAUUGUUGGGAAAUUAUGAGUCCGUGAUGAUGAUGAUGAAAUAUUAUUGCAAUUCUUGUAAAUACAUAUAUAUAUAAAUCUACAUGUUAUUAAUCUAUAUUUAUCCCCUGGUUUUGUGCAACCCCCACUCACUUUUCACCACCACAUCCACGUUAUUAAGCGAUUAUCAUUGUGGCAUCAAAAUAAAUCGGAUAUAUACAGAUCGGGAUACUUAAUAAAUAUUUGUAUGGAAAUCUACAGAUGAUGAUGAUGAUGAUAAAUAUUCUCUAAAAUCUUGUGCAACUCUGAUUAAUUAAUUAAUUAUGUGUACCAAUAAAUAAAUAAAAAUGUGUGGAAAAUUAA